GAUGUCCCACUGAUCCCAGAUAGCACUAACUCUGGAAAGUAUCUUGCUCAAAUACGAAAGUGUGAACUAGUCCGACUUAAUCAAACAGGUCUACAUGAGGAUUGACGACAACCAGGAUGUUCUUAAUUCAAAACUUAAAAUCCAGGGCGGUGGACAUUCUUCCACUGAGGUGUUGAGGAUUGGAGAACCAUGGCUCAGUUUCAAAGCUUGAUAUGGAUAAUGAACCUAGCUAUCAUUUUGACACUUCUUCUAAACAUUCAGCUCUCUAGUGCAUGUGGUAAAGCAGAGUACAGAACAGGUGUUGAAUGCUGUCCUAUGUGUUCACCAGGACACCGGGUACAUAAACACUGUACAGAAUUUACAGUAACUUCCUGUGUCCCCUGUACCGGCUCCACUUUCCUUGAUGAACCCAAUGGUCUUACUGCAUGCAUACCGUGCACAAACAACUGUGACCCAGGCAUUGGUUUGACGGUAAAGCAGCCAUGUAGACCUUCAUCAGACACUGUCUGUGGGACACUGGAGGGGUUCUACUGUCUAGACCCAACUAAGGAUGGUUGUAGAGCAGCCCAGAGACACAGCAGCUGUAAACCUGGUCAAUACAUCAGCCACACAGGAACAACAUCUACAGAUACUGUGUGUUCUGACUGUACUGGUGAUACCUAUUCAGAUGGAUCAUUUACAUCCUGCCAGCCACACACACAAUGUGAUACCUUGAAGCUUCAGCAAAUUAAACCUGGAACUCAUUGGUCCGACUCUGAAUGUGGACCACAGACCUCCCCUCCCAUAGAAAUAAUAUAUGCUGUGGUGGGGGUGGUGUUACUAGCUGUGAUAGCAGCAGUAGUGAUAGUAACUACUACAAGAAGAAAAAGAAAAGAAACUGUGCAAAGGACAUACAAAUUAGAUUUCCUGGACACUGGUAUGGGGAAAAAAUGGACUCCAUUUGUUGAGUGACCAUGGAUUUGUAUAAUCCCACAGAGGAAACAUCAAGAGGCAAUGGUGCAGUGUAUGUCCAGUGUCACCCAUUUUUAAAAUUUUGUUAAACUUUUAUUUAACUAGGCAAGUCAGUUAAGAACAAAUUCUUAUUUACAAUGACGGCCUACCCCGGACGAUGCUGGGCCAAUUGUGCACCGCCCUAUGGGACUCGCAAUCACGGCCGGAUGGGAAACAGCCUGGAUUAGAACCAGGGGCUGUAGCGGCGACUCUUGCACUGGGAUGCAGUGCCUUAGAUCGCUGCACCACUCGGGAGCCCUGAUGCAUAGCAACGGGACAAAUGUUCUGUAAACAGUUCUAUUCUUACGAUCCUCCUAAAAUAUAUAUUUUAUUGUCACACUGGGAUACGUGCUGUGAAAUGUGUUGUUUUACAGGGUCCGCCAUAGGAGUACUCUGCCCCUGGAGUAAAUUAGGUUUAAGUGCCUUGCUCAAGGACACAUCGACAGAUUUUUCACCUUGAUUGUAUAGUUAUUUGUAUUGUACAGUUCCUUUUGUGUAUUUUGUAGGUAUUGUAUUAUACGUUGCACAUUAUUCAUUGCAUUGAUAAUGUAUUGAUGUUUUUGAUUCCAUGGGUUUAUAGUCUAUUCUAUUGAUUCCUUUUGAUUUUCUGUAAGUCAUGGGUUGUGAUUGUUUCACCACCAUCAGUGCUCAGCCUAUUGUUGCUGUAAGUGUAAUGUCCCCUCUUGGGAUUAAUAAGUAGAGGAUCUGCAAUAAAAUGAAUACAAUUAGGCCAGCUAA